AUGAGUAUAGGGGCAGCAGCGGCCCUGAGAACAGAGUGGGUAGAGAGGAGGAAGAUCGCAGAGGAAAGGUCGGAUGCAGGAGAAAUCACCCUCUUAGAGAGCUGGGCUCACUUUGAGAGGACCCUCAAAGACCAUUUCGCGGAUACACACAAAGAAGAGAGAGCGAGAUACGAAAUCAUAUACAAGAAACAAGGAACUCUAACGGCCCAAGAGUUCUUUGUAAAAUUCGAAGAGUUGAGAAGACGGGCCGGCUACGAUGUCAAACGGAACGAACAAUUCCUGAUCACACUAAUCAGGAAUAACAUAAAUGGUCCACUCAUAAAACAGAUCAUUUAUAGUGGAAACGUUCCCACGACAUAUACAGAGUGGAAGACGAGGAUCGUCACAAACGACCAAUUGUGGCGAGACCAAGUAGAGAAUGAGCGGAUGUUGAAAGGAUCAACCAACGGCAGCUCCGGUACAGGGAACCGGGGACCCAAUGGAAGAUACCAAGAGAAGGGUGCUUCGGAGAAGAAGACCGAGACGGUGGAAGCGAAGAAAGACGGCACGGGUACACUAUAUACCGGGGCCGGAAAAGAGAUGGAAGUAGACAAGCAGAAGUUCCAAACUGAAGGACGCUGCUUCAAGUGCGGAGAGAAGGGCCAUAGAGCCAGAGACCAUCUGAACGGACAAACACCACAAAAACCAAAAUUCGAUCUCCGAGCAAUGUUAGAAGCAAUGCCGGAAGAAGAACGAGCUAACUUGCUCCAGGGUUUUUAA